AUGUCAGCGACAAUCAGUGUCAAUAUUAUGAGUACAAAACCCCUGGAUACUCGGACAUUUAGAGUAUCGGAAAGGCUACGGCAACGUAAGCAAAAAGCUAUAACGAGUGAAGAUUCCAACUAUGACGAUGGUCGCGAAGCAAUUUCCGAUGAUGAUGACGACUAUAACUAUAACAAUGAUGAACGAGAUGAAGAAGAUUCUUUCAAUUUAGAUGAUGAUGAUGAUGAUGAUAUACAAAUAAUUGAAAGCCACAGUACUCCUCCUGUUCUCAAACAGUUUGUUGAUGAUCACCUGCCUCCCUUAACAUUUCCUGAUGUUAACAAUGACUUCAAACCGUCUAUUCCCGAAGUUGAAGCAUUAAAGCCCGAAAUAAAAGCAGUGUCUGUGCAUAUUCCACUUCCUGGAUCAGAGCUAGUCGGAGCAUCGAUUUCUUCCUCAAAUCAGUCUCAGUUCGAUUCAUUCGUUAUAACAGUUCCUCAAGCUACACUAAAGUCGAAAACGUCGGAUAUCACGGAUUCAAAUGAUAUACGAUUAAGAUGUCAUCAUCCGAAGUGCGACAAACUAGUUAGAGGCAAUUACGCUUAUAUAAAUCAUAUAUGGGCUCACUUUGCAGUUGAGUCCUGUUCUUUUAGGAGCUUUUCUAAUUGUAAUUCUGGGCGAAGAUCGAAUCCUACUCCCGACAAGUUGGAUUUUCGAGGAACCUGCCCUUAUUGCUUCUUGAAGUAUGAAACACCUUUCUUUCUUCAGCGACACAUAUCAACGACUCAUACUAUCUCGUCAGAAGUGAUAGCUGCUACUAUUUGCUCCAUCUGUGAUGUGGAAGUGGAUUCAGACCCGAAAAAGUUGAUAAGACAUAUGAGACUUGUACAUAAUAAGAGAGAAGCCCCUUACAACUGUAAACUAUGCUUUUUCGGGGCAGGAGAGAAAUGCGAAAUGUGGAAGCAUUUUUUAACGAAACAUACAAAUUCUCAUGCUCUUAUGUGUCCUAUUUGUAUCGAGAUUUUCGUGAUUCCUAGUAAUAAGAAACGAAAUAUGGAGAAUAGUGGUAGAGAAUUUUAUGAACACUUUCUUUCUCAUAUAACAGAAAAUCAAAAUGAUUGUUCUGAGUGUCCUUGCUUCUUUUCUAAUCCUUCUUCUGCUCAUGAUCAUCACGUUAGAGCGCAUUCAACUGAUUUGAGAAUGAAGUGGGCUAUCAGACACAGGAAUGACGAGUUACGAAACAACGUAAGAAGCCAAAUACAACGGGUUUUCUUCUCCGGGAAUGAUUGUCCUCGAUGUACUACGUUAAAUGCUAAAACACAAAUCAAAGAAUAUACUCCACGAUGUAUUAAUUGUAUAACUAAUUAUAUUAAAAGCCAUUGCCGAGCUUCGAACUAUUAUAUUGAUAGGAGAUAUUCUGUAGAUUAUGUGUAUAGGUGUAAUUGUGGGUAUGUUUCUCGGGACGUUAGAGAUACGGCUAUUCAUUCUCGAGUUCACGAGCAUCUCCAAAUACAGAUAGAGUAUAAUCCCAUAGCCCAAUCAGCUCAAACUGAGGAACAAAGAAAAGCAGAUGAUUUCGAACUAGACUUGUUUCAAAUUGUUCACCGUCCUCUGAAAGUUAUGAAACGGCGUUCUCUCGAUUCGAGCGAAGAUGUUAUUCAUGAAAUCCGGAAACGCGUCGAAAGCAUUCAAGUAGAGGAGAAUAUUGAUGAUUUACCACGACUAAAUCAAUCCUCUGCUGCCGAAGAUUUUGAUAUUCUGAUGCAGGCAUAUGACUUCUGGAUGUCGGAAGAGUUAAGAAAUAACCGGAAAAGAAAGUUCGUAAGCCAGAAUCUAACGGACUCGAGGAAAAACGUUGUUAAAGAAGAGAACUCUGAGGAAUUCAGUAGACCACGGAGAUUAACUCGACAAUCUACAAGAAGUCAAAUUUCUCCUCCAAGUUUGACACCUCUCGCUUCUUCUACUGGUAACCUUUGCCGGGACGAUAAAUCGUCAUCUCCGGAAAUAAUUGUGCUCGAUGAUUGA